AAGCCAAAUGAGAUUUAGCAGAAUUAUAGAGGAGUAUCUGAAGAACUCCACUCUGCAUGGAGCUCGGUUUAUAGUGGAUAAAGAUGCCAAUUGGCUAGAAAGAAUCUUUUGGGUUAUAUGUCUAGUGGCCUCCUGGUAUGCCUCCUGGUUGCUGAUCAAAGCCUCUUUGAGUGCCUUUGAGAACAAUGCCAUUAGUUUUGUGGUGGAGAGCUCUUUUCGCGACUGGAAUACCAACUUUCCAGCUAUUAUAGUUUGCGAAUCGAAGAAUAUGGAUCGCAUACAGGAGGUGGCUGAACAACUUUGGGGCUCUGAUCACGACUUUACUUUAGAGGAGGUCCUUAGUGAGAUUGCCUUCUUUCGCGGCGAAUCAUAUCACACAGUCCAUGAGUGCAGCGGCGAGGAGGCAACUACCUCAUGUUUCUACUCUAAUUUCUCGUACUACGCUCAACUAGUUAGAAGCAGCUGCGUGGACUCAAUCAGUAACUGCGAAUGGAAUAAUAAGCCAUUUGAGUGCUGCAAGUACUUUCAUCGCAUGGAAACGGAGCUGGGAAUUUGUUAUGCCAUCAAUUCGUUGCAAGAUGGGAAACCCAAAAAUGCCAAGUUGAAUAUGUAUUCUAACAGGGACAGUGGGCCAGGAGCUCUGAAAAUGGAACUGCAUACCGAGGCAACGGUUUACAUACUUGGCACUGAAGAGGUGCCCACCUUAGUCACCCCAAAAACGGAUUUCCUAGUAGUAGGACCUUAUAUAUCCUUUGUACGUUACAUCUCCAAGCGUGACAUUGAAAACGACGAGGAGAUCCGUCAGACGAGUGUCCAUCAGAGGAACUGCCGUUUUGCCGAUGAGAAUAUUCUAGAUGUCCACAAGUUCUAUAGCUAUAGUGCCUGCACAGUCCAGUGCCGCAAGGAUCGGCAGAUGGAGCUGUGCAACUGCUCCAGUCACCUGUCUCCCAACUCACCCGACUGGCAGCUAUGCAACAUGGAUGGUCUGGAGUGUCUGAAUCGCAAUUACGAAGAUCUUUCGGUGAUCAUAGCCAAAUGGUCGAAAAGUCGGGGUCGAAAGGGUUUGGUUUGUGACUGUUUGCCUUCUUGUACGGAGGUGGAUAUUACAACGGUCUAUGAUAGCAAGGAGAACAUGGUUGGAAGUCAGAUGGCAGUCUCCAGAAUUGAAGUUGGACUCAUUGAACUGCCAACGGAGAGGUAUAAAAGGAACUUGGUUAGAGGCAAAUUGGAUUUGGUUGUAUCUAUUGGCGGCACCACUGGCUUGUUUGUGGGCGCCAGUCUUCUCAGUUUUGUGGAGAUUUUUUACUACAUCACCAUUCGUCCUUAUACCACAUACAUGAAUGAGAAACGUCGCCUCAAGAGAUUGAUUUUGCCUAAGAGAUUUCAUUAA